UUGAGUGUAGCAAGUCAUCAUUCAAGUGGCGCAGGGGCAGGAGAGGCGCUGAACAAGUUUCACACAUCCUUUCUUUUGGAUAAUAAACUAAUUUCUUCAAACCGUCCGGGGACAGGAACACUGUGAAACAUGGCUGCUCUUUCAGCCUGGUUUUGGAACGAGAGGUUUUGGCUGCCACACAACGUAACCUGGGCGGAUCUGGCAGACCCAGCGCCCGGGGUGGAGUAUCCUAAAGCUGGACACUUGUUUACUGCCUUACCGGUUGCCUUGGGAAUCUUCGCCGUCAGGAUACUCUUCGAGAGAUUUUUUGCCAGUACCUGUGCCCGGAGUCUCCACCUUCAACCAGGUGUUGGAAGAAGAGCUCAGCCCAAUGCAGUGCUGGAGAAAGUGUUUACAUCCAUCACAAAGAAUCCAGACUCCCGCCAUCUGGCUGGCCUGUCCAAGCAGCUGGACUGGGAGGUGCGAAAGGUCCAGCGUUGGUUCAGACACCGCAGGAACCAAGAUAAACCCAGCACACACACUAAAUUCUGCGAGAGCAUGUGGAGGUUUACAUUUUAUUUGUGCAUAUUUAUCUAUGGGUUCCGGUUUCUAGGGCAGUCCCCUUGGAUGUGGGAUACACGGCAUUGCUGGUACGGUUACCCCUAUCAGGUCAUGACUCCAGGCCUUUACCACUACUAUGUGACAGAACUGGCCUUCUACUGGUCACUCAUGUUCUCUCAGUUUACUGACAUAAAAAGGAAGGACUUCCUGAUCAUGUUCAUCCAUCACCUGGCUACAGUUGGCCUAAUCAGCUUUUCCUACGUCAACAACAUGGCACGAGUAGGAAGUCUGGUGAUGUGUGUCCAUGAUGCCUCUGACUUCCUGCUAGAGGCAGCCAAGCUGGCCAACUAUGCCAAAUACCAGCGCCUGUGUGACUUCCUUUUCAUUGUGUUUAGUGUGGUCUUCUUUAUCACACGACUUGUUAUAUAUCCAAUUUGGGUCCUGAACUCCACUAUGUUUGAGAGCUGGGCCAUAGUUGGGCCAUUCCCAUCCUGGUGGCUCUUCAACUUCUUACUGCUGGUUCUUCAAGUGCUGCAUAUCAUCUGGUCCUACCUCAUAGCCCGUAUAGCUAUCAAAGCCAUGCUGCGCGGCAAGGUGUGCAAUGACGUCCGCAGCGACAUUGAGAGCAGCUCGGAAGAAGAGGCUGACAAGCCCAGAGAAGGCCUCAAGACUUCUGCUUAUUCUCCCAAGGGAGAAAACGGCACUAACGGCCACUGUGCUGCUGCCAAAGUCCGAGCACAGAACCACAGCAGCUGGUGACAUGGAGCCUGAAGCCGGGAGCCCCCUGCAGUUCAUACCCUUACAUCUCCAAGAGCUUUGUUUGUCUUAAUGACAGUCCUCUGUCAUGCAAGGGUCCUGCCCCCAUUCAAACACACACAGAUUCUACCAUCACACAUUAUACUGAAAGUGAGUGUGCACAGAUACAUAUGUUGGUGAACUGAUGGAUGUGCAGACACUGAUGUCGCCUUUGAAGAGCGACAUGUAAGACACAACUUGAGGUGAAAUUAUAUGGAAAUCAGUUGAAACAAGUGAUUUGCAUAGCCUUAUUCUACAAAUGAUGGGAUUUACUUUGUGCUAAGUUUAGCUGCAGAUGUUGGUUUCAAUGUUCUCUCCCAGUUUUAUUGGUCAGAUGAACUUGAUUAUUUGUUUCUAAGGGUUAAUUCACACUGGAAAACUGCUGCUGGGGUGCAUUUAAACUUUCAAGCAUGUUGCACUUUUCGUUCCAAAAAAGACAUAUCACAGCAGAUAUUAUACAUAGAAAUAACUGUAUUGCUAUGAAUGUGGUUUUAUCAGCUCUUAAAAGGACACCUGCUUCAUGUGUGACCAGAAGUGCAACACACUUGAAACUUUAAACAGCAGCAAUUUCUGCCUUUUGUAGUUUUUUGUGUAUUUGCCCUUUAAUCACAUUGGCUACUUUGUGACUUAUUGUCUUGUUCUGUUUUACAGUUUGUUUUUUACUUCUUCUGAGACCAAAUGUUUAUGAAAUUGUUUGACACUGCCUAUAGAGGAAUCCAGGUAUGAGGACCAUACUAAAUGUCUGGUAUCACGUUCUCACUUGAGUGCCUUGUAAAAAUGUAUUU